UUUUUUUAGAUUUUUCAUUCUGUUAUUUUAGAAGUUACAGGGGGGGGGGGGGGGGGGGACACAUUUUUUCACUUUGGAAGUGUCUCUUGCGCAAACUAUUCAGUUUAGAAAAAACUGAAAUUAGAAACCUAAAUAUCAUUUUUGAAGACCUAUCCAUAGAUACCCCACACGUAUGAGUUUGAAGAUUUUUUUUUUCACACAUUUUACCACUUUGGAAGUGUCUCUCGCGCAAACUAUUCAUUUUAGAAAAAAAUGAUAUUAGAAACCUCAAUAUCAUUUUUGAAGACCUAUCCAUAGAUACCCCACACGUAUGGGUUUGAUGAAAAAAUAUUUUUUGAGUUUCAGUUCUAAGUUUGGGGAACCCCCAAAAUUUACUGUUUUUUUUUUCUAUUUUUGUGUGAAAAUCUUAAUGCGGUUCAUAGAAUACAUCCACUUACUAAGUUUGAACAGUACAGCUCUUAUCGUUUCGGAAAAAAGUGGCUGUGACAGAAUCGGACAGACAGACGGACAUGACGAAUCUAUAAGGGUUCCGUUUUUUGCCAUUUGGCUACGGAACCCUACAAAUUAAUGUCACAGAAUUGGAAAAGUGAUAAACAAUGUUCGAAAAAGAUGCGAUACGUAAUGAUGAAAUAAGAAAGACCGGGACAAGUGAAAAGCGGGCCAUGUGUAGGACAACUCCAACUCGGACCGUGCACAAGCUAAUGCAUACAGUAAACAUACAUAAAAACCCCAUCAGCACAUACAACCUUCUUCUUGGGUGGAAAUAGAUUCGUUUAUUUUGGUAAUCCUCCUCCCUCUUCAAGUAGAGAAACGGGUAAUGUCGUAACUUCCUAAGGAUGUAUAAAAAUGACAACCGUUGGACUACCUACAUUGUACUUAUUUAUAGUUUAAUGCCUGGUAAUGGAUCAACCGUUACUUAUAUAAUAGCAAAAUAUUUUUUCUGCCCUCCGGGUGGAAAGCGUCAAUUUUGCUCCCGCUGCGCUAAACAAAGUUCCCGCUUUCCGCCUCCGUCGAGCAGAAAAAUAGUAUGCGCACCACGGGAGGAAACGUAGGACAUUCCAUCCGGCGUGUUUGCCACCCUCGCCUUCGACUCGGGUAACAAUUUUACGCGCGGCACGUAAUUUCCUACUUUAUAUAUUUCCUACCUACUAGUGUUGCUCGCGCAAACUAUUCAGUUUAGAAAAAAAUUAUAUUAAUACCCUCAACAUCAUUUUUGAAGGCUUAUCCAUAGAUACCCCACACGUAUGGGAUUGAUGAAAAAAAAAUUGAGUUUCAGUUCUAAAUAUGGUUUGUAAGUAGUACAAAAAUUAUCGUUUUUUUUUUUCUAUUUUUGUGUGAAAAUUUUAAUGUGCGGUUCACAGAAUACCUACAUCUAUACUUACCAAGUUUCAACAGUUCUUAUAGUUUCGGAAAAAAGUGACUGUGACAUACGGACGGAGAGACAGACAGAUAUGACGCAUCCAUAAGGGUUCCGUUAUUUGCCAUAUGGCUACGGAACCCUAAAAAUUGAUUGUGCCAGAAUAUUAUACAACCGUAAACUAAACUUUAGUAAUUAAAACACAAGGUAGAACAUAAGUUUAGUUAAAAGAAAAUAAAGGUACAUCAGGAUAAGUUCUAAAUAUACGUGUCUUUACCGUUCACUGUUCAGUGUCGAAAAUUUUAGAAUAUUAAUCCGAAAACAAAACUUAUUUCGAUAUGAUGCACCAUUUUCAAUAUAACAACACAGUACUGAAAGAAAUCGUAUAGGGAGAGCCAGCUUGUUCAACGGCUGAAUGUUGUCGAAGUUCAUCUAGCUAUUACAUAACAAUCAAAUAUAUUUCAUCUUUGUUAAGAAUUUAUUAAGAAUUAUUUCUUACAUUGAUACUUUUGUUCCUUUGAAUUAUCACUAGAGUUAAGAAAAAAAGAAGAAGAGAAAAGUACUAACUUUGCACAAAAAUGAAAACAAACCGUCAACCAGAGAUGCGUCAGGGGAAGGGGAGGAGACGCUAGUGUGCGUAAAGCACCAUACUCAAAGGUAUCAUACUACAUUCAUUUCAAGCUGGAUAAUUUGUUUGUCUUCCCCAUACAUUAGAACAACUUGACCGAAUGCAAUGAUUAUCCAAUGAUACAAUGUGAAGCAGAAUAGUCGCCAUAAAUCUUAUAAAUAAAUGAAAACAGCCAAUCGUUCUGCCAAUUUUACAGCAGUCACAUUUUCAUAAUUUAAUACAUGAUUGGACGCAGACUUAUCUAAUUAAUUUUUUUAUUGUAUCCGGAUUUAAUUUACAUUCCAUUUCCAUUGGAAAAUUAACCAUUAGCUUAUACCUAUGGUGCUUUAAUAAUUUUUUUCCACAAAAGAUAUACAAUGAAGAUUAUGAAGAAUAUUUUGUUUUGGGCUAUUUUGGUCAAUGGUCUAUCGAUACCGUCGACCAUGGUAGAACCACUGGAGAUAAGUAGGAGCCGGCCUGGCUCGGGUCACAGACUGGAGAUAAGGAGGAGCCGUCCCGGCUCGGGACCUGGAAUGGAGAUUAGGAGGAACCGCCUUGACUCGGGACAUGGAAUGGAGAUUAGGAGGAACCGGCUCGGCCCUGAACACAGACUGGAGAUACGGAGGAGCCGGCUCGGCUCGAGACACAGAUCUCGCAGAGAAUACGAUUCGGACUUCGAGAGUUUUAUGAAAAAGAUGUUCAGCGACAUACCACAGCCUAUGUACAAGAACAAACCUGUCCGCGAACAGAAGCGCGGGGCGAACUUGGGCUACAGGCCGUACUGGUACGGCUACAACUUCGCCAACGACAGGCUUAACCCGAAGCAAACCAUAAAUCAGGAUUCGAGCCACGAGGAGUGGGACUACGGGAUGGGGCGCGGUUCCGGGCAGGGCAUCUGGGGUGGCGGCAGCAAGGCGCUGCUGGGCGGCGCCGACGACAUCCUGGGCGCCGGCAGCCUGGUGGACCGCGAUAUAAGCGGAGAGGAUUCCGGAACCAAAGGCAACUGCUACGCCAACUUGGGCCCCAGGUGCAGGCUGGGCCCGGAGCCCACAGAAUACGACGAGCACACGCUGGAAAAGUUAAUAGAAAAGACCAAACAGUGCGAAAUAUGCAGCGCAAAACAUAGAAGGAUCGGCUUAGUAUGCACAAUGGACACCACCGGAACGGUUUUUCAAGAAAUGGAAUUGUGCGUGAUGGAGAAGAUGAACUGCUUAAGAGGCGUUGGGGCUGUUAAGUCGUCAGGCAAGAAGAGCGACUUUGGGGAGUUACCGUUCGCUCUCAAGCCGGGCUGGGGGCGUAUUUCGGUCCGGGGUGAAGAAGACGCCUACAUCCGCUUUUACGACACUUGGCCGUAUAAGCCAGCCCACAGUUAUUGGAUAAUCCUCAACGGCAGGUGGGGACGGUUAAGGACCAGGAUGUGGCAGGACGAGAGGAACCCGCCGCUAGAGAUCGAUAACCCCACCGCGGUCAACGCAUAUUCCUGGAAGGAGUACACCGUCGUGUGGAACCCGAACACCGGCUGGUUCCUCAUGUCCCAGCCGCGCGAACCCGACUGGGAGUCGCAUUUUUACAUCUAUUACACGUCCCCCUUCCCCUGGGACAUCAAGUACGUCGACGUGUCGGGCAAUCGCGGCUACGCCAUCAGGUGGAUAUUACACGACCUCGUGAUGAUUAACGAGGGCAGGUGCCUGCCGCCCAAGCCGCGGGACGACUUCCCCACGGACACGGAGGAAGUGUUGAAUAAGACGCGGACCGUCGAGAAGACGUACCACGAACGCGUGCGGAAAGCGAGCGUGACCCCUGAGGACUGGUCCGCGGAGGACGGGCCCUACAUCGAGUACCCUCACGGCUUCUUCGAAAAGAAAGGAUAAAAUAAUCGGCUGUUUAUAUUAUUAACAUUUACUAAUUAAAAAAUUGUUAUGUGAACA